AAAUAUUCUUGUUACAGGAAAUUAAAAAACUGGAGAAAGCUACCGUUUCGUGCAUCACUUCCAUAAAAUGUUAUGGCACUAGGAUACUUGUAUUUCUGUUAUGAUGUGAUCUGCAACUAUUCAACUUUUGCUAAAGAUGUUGCUAAGCUAUCUGUGGGACAUCCGAAUCACGAAGAUUUCGAUCGAAUGAGUACAGAAAUGACUGGUUUUCUAAGUGUAUUUCAUGGACGGACCCAUGUAUGGGAUUGUCAGGUUAUUCACAAUGGAAGAUGGAAAGAUGGAGCUCCUGCGUCAUUAGGAGAAGAGCAGGAACAAGUGUUUGCUAAGUUGUCGAGGUAUGGCUCCGUUACCAAACAUAUGAGCCCAGCAUCUCGUCUAGACCACCUUACUGAAGCAAUAUUUUACCACAACGAAGAAAAAGAACAGAGUAUGGUGCAGUCAUUAGUAAAGAGGCUUAUGAAAGCGAACAAGAAAGUGGCUGAGUAUGUAAAGAAAUUACAAAACACUUUAGCAUUGCUUGGCCUACAAGAAAAAGACCUGCCAGUUAUUCUUCAGCAGUUGCAACAAUCAGCUUUAGAAAAAAAAAUUCAAGUACAGCUCUCGGUCCUAUGA